CGGCUGCAGCGCCCCGGACAGAAGCCCAGGAGUCGGUUCCUGUGCUCACGCCCCGCCACCUGCCCGCUCUCUCGCCCCGUCGCGCUCCCCGUGGCCAACAUGCUGCCGAAACUGGGUGGCCCCGCGCUGCCGCUGCUCCUGCUCCUGCCGCCGCUGCUGCUGGGCGCCGGCGCGCACGCCGAGGUGCUGUUCCGCUGCCCGCCCUGCUCGCCCGAGCGCCUGGCCGCCUGCAGGACCCCGUCGGCCGGGACCGGGCGUUCCUGCGUCGAGCUGGUCCGCGAGCCGGGCUGCGGCUGCUGCUCCGUGUGCGCCCGUCUGGAAGGCGAGACAUGCGGCGUCUACACCCCGCGCUGCGCCCAGGGGCUGCGCUGCUAUCCCCACCCCGGCUCCGAGCUGCCCCUGCAGGCGCUGGUCCAGGGCGCCGGCACUUGCGAGAAGGGCCGCGACUCCGAGGGCCCCGAGCAGGGUGCAGAUGAUGACCACCCUGAGGUUGAGGACGGAACCAUCGUGGGAGGUGGAGGCAGCGCCGGCCGGAAGGCCUUCACCUCAGGCAUGAAGGAGAUGGCUGUGCUGCGGGAGAAGGCCAACGACCAGCAUCGCCAAAUGGGCAAGGCUGGCAAGCACCCACCCGGCCCGGAGGACUCCAAGAAGCUCCGGCCUCCAUCUCCCAGGACCCCCUGCCAGCAGGAACUGGACCAGGUCCUGGAGCGUAUUUCCACCAUGCGCCUUCCGGAUGAGCGGGGCCCUCUGGAGCACCUCUAUUCCCUGCACAUCCCCAACUGUGACAAGAACGGCCUGUACAACCUCAAACAGUGCAAGAUGGCUGUGAAUGGGCAGCGUGGGGAGUGCUGGUGCGUGAACCCCAACACCGGGAAGCUGCUUCAGGGAUCCCCUACAGUCCGUGGGGACCCGGAGUGUCAUCGCUACUACAAUGAGCGGAUGCAGUAAACCAGCCGGUGCCUGGCACCCCCGCCCCCUCUCCAAACACAGGCAGAGAGGAGAAUGCUUGGGUGGUGGGUGGGGGAAGGCUUCCCAGGAGUUAACACAUGUAUUUAUACUGGGAAAGAGACCAGCACAGCCUGGCACACCCGCCGCCGUGCCCCUCCCAGUAGGAGAGGCUGUACCCCUUCUCCAGUCCCUGCUGGGAGGAAGGGUGCCUGCAGAGCAGAGCUGGGGUCCAGGUUUGGGAGGGGGAAGAAGAAAUUUUUAUUUUUGAACCCCCGAGUCUCUUUUACUUAAGAAUAAAGAAAGGAAAAAUAAA